UACCAGUUACAUGGAACAAGAAAAACUCGACAUUUAAACAGUAAAAAAUUAUUGCGAACAAAAAUAAUUUUAAAGUUUUUUUACGCGAAACCAUCAUUGUUUGCUUUUAAUGUAUCGCAUAGUGUAUGACUUCCAUUGUUGUACAUAUAAUAAGAAUUUAAAUCGGCAGACACUGAUUUAAUUACAGAAAGAAAAUGAAGACUUGUCAGAUCUGGCUGAAAAUUUGUAUUCUUUUUGUACUUAUAUGUAUUUUUAUUCUGUUGGUGACUAAUAAUCCAAAACAACAACAAGUAGAUAUGUUCGAGAAAAAUGUAAAUGAGAAGCUGGUCAAUGUUUUAUUAGAGCUAAAUUUGCUGCAUAAGACUAAUGCUCAACUAGAACAUCAAGUUCUCGUCUUAACUCAAAGACUGAGAAUCGGAAAAAAUAGUUACUUAAACCGAAAAAAAUUACAAAGCCCGCCCAAAGAGUAUGAACUACUGCGUCGCCGUAUUUAUGACAACAUGAAAGAAUUUUGGUACUAUGUCAGUUCUGAACUACGGUUGUUGGCUAAUACUGACAAAGGCGUACAACCGUUCACAAAUCGAAUGAAAAAAAAUGUCAUAGAACAAUAUUUUUCACUAUUGAACGACAUCGCCAAAUUGGCAACUGUUGAUGACUAUACACGGUGGAGACGGAAAGAAUACAUCUAUUUGAAGACUCUAGUCCAAAAGAGACUGAGAUUCUUGCAAAAUCCAGAAGACUGUUCCAAAGCAAAAAAACUUAUUUGCAACUUAAUCCCGGACCGACCGUCGUGUGGAUAUGGCUGUCGUCUUCACCAUCUCGUCAAUUGCUUGGUCGUCGCUUAUGCUACCAAGAGAACAUUGGUCCUAGACAAUCCCCAAAAUUGGGAGUUCACAAGCGGUGGAUUACCAUCACUGUUUUUUCCACUAAGUACAUGCACGUCAUUUUUGUACAACAAUGAAACGGUUCUGCCUUGGCCAGGCAACGAAAGUGUCCAAGUGGUGAAUCUCAGUCUUCCCAUCGCAGUGCCCGAUGGUCCGAAGCGCAUGGCAAGGCCACUGCCACCGCCGUUCGAUCCGCUCGUAUUGCCCGAAGACUUGAGCCGUAGGAUAAGCGUCUUGCAUGGCGACCCUGCCGUCUGGUGGAUAGGCCAAUUUGUCAAUUAUAUAAUUCGGCUACAACUAUCAACUAUUGGCAAAUUUGAAGAAUACGAAGAAAUCAUAGAAUUCGGAUUGCCAAUCGUCGGAGUGGACAUCAGACGAACAGACAAAAUUGGUUCGUUUCACAAACUCAAUGAAUACAUGAUCAAAGUCGAUCAGUAUUACAAAUUACAAAAAAUGAACGGAAAAAAUUUGUAUAAGGCAAUAUAUUUAGCUUCAGACGACCCAGCGUUGUUCGAGGAAGCUUAUAAGAAGUAUCCUGAUUACUAUAUAUUUGGUAACCCAGAACUAUCGAAAACCGGGUCCGUCACAACCAAUGAGUUGGACAAGUCCAUUUUAAAUAUCAACAUCGACUUAUAUUUUUUAUCUCAGUGUGACUAUUUGGUUUGCACUUUCUCGUCACAUGUAUGCCGAUUGGCUUAUGAAAUAAUUAAUGGUAUCAAACCAAUAGAUGCAUCAACUUGGUUUGCUUCACUAGAUGACGUAUAUUAUUUUAGUGACCGAAUUCGUAGAUUACAUGUUGCAAUAUUGCCUCAUAAAUCAAACAGACCGCAAGAGAUGGAUCUACAAGUGGGUGACGAGAUCGAAGUCGUUGGAAAUGAAUGGAAUGGAUAUUCGAAGGGAACACAUUUGAAAACAAACAAAACUCUUCUGUAUCCUACUUUUAAGGUAAUCAAAAAAAUCGAAGCCAUGUAUUUCACCAGUUAUCCUGAUGUCAAAAUAAAUUCUGAAGAGUUGGAAAAUUAAUUAUUAGUAUUAUUUGCUUCAUACUUAGCUGUACAUUACUAAUACAUAUUAAAUAAUAUUGUUAUAAAUUAGGAAUAUUGUAAUGACGAUUGAGGAAAUAAAAAAAA